AUGUGGCGCUUCACUUUCUUCCUCAUCUUGGGCCCAAACAGGUGUGUGGACACCACCAUGUGCCCAGCCUAUGCAGUCUGCAACAACAACACCAACAGCUACUACUGCACUUGCAAAAAAGGUUUCAUAUCUAGCAAUGGGAUGAAGCACUUCCGGGACCCCCAAGUGGAAUGCAAAGAUAUCGAUGAGUGCUCUCAAGAUCCCCUACUAUGUGGUCGUCACGCGGUUUGCCAAAAUAAACCUGGGAGGUACAUAUGUAGCUGUUCCAUUGGCUUCUCCUCACCAACUGGAAAUACCUGGGGACCAGGGACAUCAGAUCAUGUUAGUUGUGCAGAUAACAACGAGUGUCUCCAGACUGGAAUCUGCCCAGAACAUUCAAAGUGUGUCAACUCCAUAGGAAGCUACCAUUGCCAAUGUGAAGAUGGAUUUGUCUUUAAUAACUCUAUAUGUGAAGAUGAAGACGAAUGUGCCAAAGACAAUCCUUGCCCAGAUGUCUCGGUCUGUCGCAAUGAGUAUGGCAGCUACUCGUGUGUGUGCAACUCGGGAUUCGAAUCCAGCGGCUCAACAGAAUCCGAGAGCUUGGAUGAGAUAUGUGAAGACAUUGAUGAGUGUUCCCAAGAUGUCUCUCCAUGUGGUCCCAAUUCUGUCUGCACCAACACCAUGUCCUCCUACAGUUGUAGAUGUGCCCCGGGCUUUCGGCCCCAGCCAGAAGGGUCCUGGAAAUAUGGAAACUUCAGCUGCAAAAGGGUUCCCUUCAUGUGUCGAGAAGAUGUGAUACCCGAAAACAAGUGGGUCCAGUUAUGCCAAGUGGAAGCUGCAAUGGAGCCCAAACACGUCUCCUACUGUGCACAGAUGAACACCACCUUAAGCAUUCUGGAUGACAUCUGUGGCAACAAAACCACCGUCGUCUCCCUAAAGGAAACAGUGGAUGACUUUGCUUCCCUGCUUAAACAAACACCCACCUGGUCCAACUUCACCCAAGAAGAGACUUCGGCUCUGGCCACGGUUCUACUGAAGAGUGUAGAGAGUGCCGUGCUGGCAUCUCUCCUGAAACCCUCGGCGAAUGCCAGCCAGGCCGUUCAGAUGGAACAUUUGACUAUUGAGAGCAAAGUUAUUGAGGAAGAAUGCAAUGAAAGCCACGCAGAGUUUCACUUGAACGUGAAAGGCAAUAAGAUGCAAAUUGAAUGUUCCACAAUCAAAGAGUCUGAAUCCACAGGGACUACAGGGGUUGCUUUGGUCUCCUUUGAUGGUAUGGAAUCUGUUUUGAGUGCGAGUUUCUUCCAUGACCCCAAGAACCUUUUGGCCAACUCCAAGAGGAAGCUGAAAAUGAACUCCCAUGUUAUUGUGGGCAUCAUGACCGGGGAGAGGAAAGAAGGGUUCUCUCACCCAAUUGUCUACACUCUGGAGAACAUUGAGCCCAAGCUGAAGUCCGAGAAACCCAUCUGUGUGACCUGGAACAUGGACGAGGAAGGUGGAAGGUGGUCACGCUCUGGCUGUGUGAUGCUUGAAUCAGCUGAGAACUACACAGUUUGCAGCUGUAACAAACUGGCCAACUUAGCCAUCAUCAUGGCCUCCGAUGAGCUCACGAUGGAUUUCACUCUGCAUGUUAUCAGCCAGCUGGGCAUGACCAUCUCUUUGCUGUGCCUGGCUCUGGCCAUCGCCACCUUCCUGCUGUGUCGAAGUCUUCGCAAUCAAAACACCUGGUUGCACCUGCACCUCUGCCUGUGCCUCUUCCUGGCCAAGCUCCUCUUCCUGGCUGGUGUGGACAAGACUGGCCACCAGACGGGCUGUGCUGUCAUCGCGGGUUUCCUGCACUACUUCUUCCUCGCCUGCUUCUUCUGGAUGCUGGUGGAAGCCGUGUUGCUCUUCCUCAUGGUCAGGAAUCUGAAAGUGGUGAAUUAUUUUAACUCCCGGAAUAUCAAGAUGAGCCACCUCUGUGCCUUGGGGUACGGGCUCCCUGGGCUGGUGGUGCUGCUCUCUGCCAGCAUACACUCGCGAGGCUAUGGGAUGUACAACCGCUGCUGGCUGAACACAGAGACAGGCUUCAUCUGGAGUUUUCUGGGGCCAGUUUGUGUCAUCAUUACGGUCAACUUCAUCCUCCUCAUUGGGACCUUGUGGAUUCUGAAGCAGAAUCUUAACAGCAUGAAUGCCGAUGUCUCCAAGAUCAAAGACACCAGGCUACUGACAUUCAAGGCCUUUGCACAGCUGUUCAUCUUGGGGUGUUCUUGGGUCCUGGGACUCUUCCAGAUCGGCCCCAUAGCUGGUGUCAUGGCUUAUUUGUUCACCAUCAUCAACAGCCUGCAGGGUGCCUUCAUCUUCCUCAUCCACUGUCUGCUUAACCAACAGGUACGGGAAGAAUACAGGAAGUGGAUUAUCAGGAGGACCAAGCCGAGCUCCCAAAGCCAGACUUCGGGAAUCCUAUUAUCCUCCAUCACUUCCACCUCAAAAAACGUGAGUUCUCUUGACAACCUGCAGAUGUCUUUGGGGGUCUCCUGGGAGCCAAUCACACUGGAUAAAGUGUGGAGGGUGUCCAACAAUCCAGGCAGAACACAGUUUGGCCCAAGGACUUUCCCAGGACAAUCUGACAUUGUGGAGAAAUGGACCUUCUGCUCCAGAUUACUUGGUGGCUUCUGGGUGCUGUAA